AUGGGGACCGCAACGUUGGCUUCGCCGCUUGCGCGGCUCCACGCUACCGUGGCUCUGUCGUCUGGAUCCGAGAGACGAACGAUAAGCCUGUCAUCCGUCGCCUGUUCGUCGUCUCAGGCGUCGUUCUUCAGCGGAAGCAGCGGGACAAGAAGCGCCUUCCUCUCCGCCUCCGGUCGUGGGGCGGAAAGGCGGAGGGGGAAUGCGCUCGUGGUCCGCGCAGACGCGGACUACUAUUCAGUGCUGGGAGUGGAGAAAAACGCGGACAAGUCCCAAAUAAAGAGCGCUUAUCGGCGCUUGGCGCGCAAGUAUCAUCCGGACGUGAACAAGGCACCAGAGGCGGAGUCCAAGUUCAAGAAAAUCAGUAACGCGUAUGAGGUGUUAUCAGACGAUGAGAAGCGCUCGCUGUACGACAGAUUCGGGGAGGCGGGUGUCAAGGGCGGCGCUGGUUCGGAGUUCAACAACCCGUUCGACCUCUUUGAGACGUUCUUUGGAGGGCGGAUGGGUGGAAUGGGCGGAAUGGGAGGCAUGGGGGGAAUGGGAGCUCGGCGCACAGCCCCCGUGCAAGGGGACGAUGAGAGGUACGACCUGACGAUUGACUUCCUGGAGGCGGUCUUUGGCUCGGAGAAGCAGAUAGACGUGUCUCGCAUGGAAGCCUGCGGCACGUGCAAGGGCUCGGGUGCCAAGCCGGGCACCACGCCCACCACCUGCUCCUCCUGCAACGGCCAGGGGCAGGUCGUGUCGGUGGCCAACACGCCGCUGGGCAUGUUCCAGCAGGUGACCACGUGCCCGCGGUGCGGCGGCAGCGGGGAGAUUUCGACUCCCUGCAACACGUGCAGCGGCGGCGCUCGCGUGCGCAAGUCCAAGCAGGUCACUCUCAAGGUGCCAGCAGGGGUGGAUAAUGGUAGCAGGCUGAGAGUGCGAGGGGAGGGCGACGCAGGCCUAAGAGGCGGCCCUCCCGGCGACCUCUACGUGUUCCUCUCUGUCCGCCCCGACCGCGAGCUCGAGCGCAAGGGAGCCGACAUUCUCCAAACCCUCAAAGUCUCCUACCUCGAAGCCAUUCUCGGGACCACCAAGCAAGUCCGAACAGUCGACGGGCCGGUGGAUUUGAAAAUCCCUGCAGGGACGCAGCCGGGGAGUACGCUGGUGAUGGCGAAGCGAGGCGUGCCGGUGCUGGGGAAACCGAACCUGCGUGGGGACCAUCUGGUGAAGGUUCAGGUGGAGAUUCCCAAGGCGCUUUCGGGCGAGGAGAAGAAGCUGAUAGAGCAGCUGGAGGAGCUGAGCAAAGCCAAGGCCGGGUCACGGUGA